AUGUAUACGUCGCUGUUGUUAUUGCAGCUCGUUCCAAUCGUGAUCUCGCAGACCGUUUCCAUGGAUCGUACGUACGAUUGGCCACCAAUUCCAUAGAAAAUCACUUUGAAAUAUUUAUUAGAAGACAGGAAACAGUCGUUAAAUUUCAUUUUUUGUUUUUCGUCUACUAUUUAGUACUUCCUUUGCUUUCGUUUCUCGAACAAAUUAGUACAUUUUGAUUUCCACUUCCGUAGCAUUCCAGUACAAAUAGAACAAGUCAGCGCAAUAAUAUUUGUCAGAAUUUUGAAAGUUUUAAUUCAGAAUAAUUAAUUCGAAACUGACUAGAAACUCAGAGUUUAGAAUUUCUACGAAUUUCAAUUGCAGAAGAGAAUGAGUACAAGUACUGAGAUUUAAAUUAGUUAAUAACUUUUAUAUUGCUCGAUUUCUGAUUUAUUAAAUCGAUUUAAGCGCUCGGUAUUUUUCAGCGGAGUGCAAUUGUCUCAGUGCCGAUUGUUCGUUAGUUUUCGAUUUAAAGAAGGUCAUUAAAUCCCGUGGUUAAACCUACCGAGCAACGUUGCGUUUUAAUUAGUAGUUUUUCAACGAGCAUACAGGUGGAAAUGCGAGUUCAACGAUUGAUUCUUCCAGUUGACGAGAGUCGUAUUGUUGGAGGCCAGCCAGCGAGUAUCGACGAACAUCCGUAUCAGCCCCUUCGUGAGAUUCUUCUCGAUCAAGGCGGGCACCUCCGAUCUCGCUGACGACGACGCCGUAACGAUCGACGCGGAAGAAAUUAUUAUUCAUGCGAAGUACGACAGAAUAACCGCGGACUACGACAUCGCCUUGAUUCGGUCCUCUCAAACCGGUUGGCACCGUUCAAACCAAUUACAAUUUCAGCUGGGAAAGCCGCUGGUGUACAGUCAGCGGGUGAGACCGAUCCUGCUGGCACCGAUAGCCGAUCAUUAUGCGGCUGGUAGCAAGGCGAUGGUCACCGGUUGGGGAGUUAUGAGAAACAACGGCCCGCUGACCACACGGUUACGUAAGGUUCAAGUGCCACUUGUUUCUAGCGCACAAUGCUCCCGAUUGUACGUAACCAGACCAAUCACACGGCGAAUGAUCUGCGCCGGUUACGUAGACAUCGGUGGCAAGGAUUCGUGUCAGGGUGACAGCGGCGGACCAUUGGUGCAGCACGACAAACUGAUUGGAAUCGUAUCGUGGGGCUACGGAUGCGCGAGGCCAUCUUAUCCCGGCGUUUACACGCGCGUGACAGUUCUCCGACGCUGGAUCACCGAGAAAACCGGUCUGUGA